CCCCCACAGCAGCCUGAGCCCAGUCGUAAUGGCGAUCCCGUUGCUGUUGGUGGGCCUGUGACGCGCGCGCGAGAGAAACCGAGAAGAGAAAAAAACAGAGUGUCAGACAGAAGCAAGAGAAGGAGGCGAGGAAAAAAAACCGUGCACCGUUUUUCGUCGGAAUUGAAGUCUUAGAUUCCGUUUGCGGGUUGUUCGGGAGUCCGGGUUCCGUGCGCGUCGGGUUUCGAUUGAGGAGUAGACCCAAAUUUGACCUUUCAGUUCUCAUUCCUAGCAUUCAGUGUUUAGUGUCAAAUGUUCAAACGCAGCUAAAAAUUUCCAAAACGAACAAAAAACAAACUAAAGUGAAGGCCUCUCCAAAGCCAUGCUUCCCACGUACCAACGGAUAGGCGGAAGCCAACCGGUCAACCCGCUGCUGGCGGUGCGCCGCUCGUUCCGCUCCAGUGAAAAGUGUCUCAUCCUGCUCGUGCUGCUCACGUUCGGUUUCGUGUGCUUCGGUGGGUUCUUCUUUCUGCCCGAUAACUUCGGUGCCGAUCGCGUGCUAAAGGUGUACAAGCAGUUCCAGCGGGCCGGGCCGGAAAUCUUCAUACCGCCUCCACCGCCGGCUCACGGCCUGCUCGAGGGUGACGAGGAUCCGCACAAGCUGAACGACCGCGAGAAACUGCAGGAGAAGAUCCGCAAGGAGCUGCCGGAUGACUUCUUGGAGAAGCCCGACCUGGACGGUGACCGCACGGCCGGGCCCGAAUUCGACAACGCGCUCGACUCGAGGCCACCGGCCGUGGCCGGUCCCGGCGGUGGAGGACCUCCCGGAGUGGUCGCCCCGCCCCAGAUGCAGGAGGAGCCCGAGCUGAAGGGAUCGUCAUCGCGGGCGCGAUCGUCGCCUAGCGGAUUCCACACGUUUAACUCGACGGUCGGCGAAGAUCCCGAUCUGGCCGUGCGUGAAAAACGCCAGAAAGUUAAAGAGAUGAUGAUCCACGCCUGGGACAACUACAAGCUGUACGCGUGGGGCAAGAACGAGCUCAAGCCCAUCACCAAGCGGGGCCACUCGGGCAGCAUCUUCGGGGCGUACGACCUCGGCGCCACCAUCGUCGACGGGCUGGACACGCUGUACCUGAUGGGGCUGCACAAGGAGUUCGACGAGGGCCGGGACUGGGUCGAGCGCAAGUUUUCGCUGGACAGCGUGAGCAACGAUCUGAGCGUGUUCGAGACGAACAUCCGGUUUAUCGGUGGAUUUUUGACGUGCUACGCGUUCACCGGCGAUCGGCUGUUCCUGGAGAAGGCCAAGUACGUGGCGGACAAGCUGCUGCCGGCGUUCCAGACGCCGACGGGGAUUCCGUACGCGCUGGUCAACGUCAAUACGGGGAUCAGUAAAAACUAUGGCUGGGCCAGCGGCGGCAGCAGCAUCCUGUCCGAGUUCGGCACGCUCCAUCUGGAGUUCUCGUACCUGUCGGACGUCACCGGCGAUUCCGUGUACCGGGAGCGCGUCCAGGCGAUCCGUACCGUCCUGAAGGACAUCGAAAAGCCCAAGGGUCUGUACCCGAACUACCUGAACCCGAAGACCGGCAAGUGGGGCCAGCAGCACAUGUCGCUGGGCGCCCUCGGGGACAGCUUCUACGAGUACCUGCUGAAGGCGUGGAUCCAGUCGGGCCACGAGGACGAGGAAGCCCGCGAGAUGUACGACGACGCCAUGCAGGCCAUCAUCCAGCACAUGAUCCGAACAAGCCCGGGCGGCCUUACGUACGUGUCGGACAUGAAGUUUGACCGGCUGGAGCACAAGAUGGACCAUUUGGCUUGCUUUGCCGGUGGCCUGUUCGGCCUCGGCGGCACCACCCUGAACAACCAAUACUCGGAAAAGUACCUGGAGGUGGGCGAAGGGCUCACCAACACGUGCCACGAGAGCUACGUGCGCACGUACACGCGGCUCGGCCCGGAGGCGUUCCGCUUCAACGACGGCGUCGAGGCGAAGGCCCUCAAAUCCCAGGAGAAGUACUACAUCCUGCGCCCGGAGACGUUCGAGAGCUACUUCGUGAUGUGGCGGCUGACGCACGACCAGAAGUACCGCGACUGGGGCUGGGAUGCCGUGAUGGCCCUGGAGAAGCACUGCAGAACGCCAAACGGCUAUAGCGGUUUGAAGAACGUGUAUCUGACGGAUCCUCAAAAGGACGACGUGCAGCAGAGCUUCUUCCUGGCGGAAACACUCAAGUACCUCUACCUGCUCUUCUCGGACGACUCGCUGCUCCCGCUGGACGAUUGGGUGUUCAACACGGAGGCACAUCCGCUCCCAGUUAAGGGCCGGAACUCGCUGUUCCGGGCUGCGGCAGCUUCGAGUGCGCCGUAAGCAUCCAAAAAAAAACUCAAGAGACAACAACAACUAGAUGCACCACCCCCACUACUACUACUAAUUACCACUACUACAAAGCAUGAGAAGAAAAAAAGGUGAGGAAGAAGAAGGGUAACAGCAACAAACUAUCGCUACAAACCUGUUGUAGACACUAGUGAUGAGAGGGAGAGAGGAGUCGUUUCGUUGCGUGCAUGUGUGAGUGAGAAUGAGAGUGUGAGCGAACCUUCCUCGAUUGUGCGGAGGAAGCAAUUCCUUAAAACUUCUAACUAGCCAGUCUGACUGUGAAACUUAGCGCGAGUGUAUGGACACUACAUCUAUAUAUUCAUUAUUAGCCCAAAAAAAAGGUUAUUAAAAAAACAAGUGAGGAGGAACGGAGUGCGUGGAUUUAUUUAAUUCUUGAGUGAUUGUAGUUAAUUAUAUAGGAAAGAUAUAUAUAUAUAAACAAUAAUUGUGAUGAAACCUACUAAUUUAUCGAAGACAACAAUUGUUCUUUAUAGGAUGUGUUGAUAUUAGCAAAAAAAAAAAAAGAAAAAGAAACUUGAGAAUACAAAUACCCUACACUAAAGCGUCCGGAUGGCACGAUCUGUAGCGUGGCGUUUUCCGGACCGAUAGUUGAAUCUUUUUCUCCUAAACUCUUCCAACCCUUUUAGAAGUAGAAAGUCUGUUUCUCACUGCACAGUGUUUUCUCACCAACCCCUGGUGGGAUCAAAAACGAACGUUUCGAUAUUGAGGCACCACUACUAUGUAACCACACAGCCCACCAAAAAAUUAAAGCAGACUUAUGAAAACAAACAAAAAAGAACUUGCUCUCGCGAGAGCAGGUUUGGGGGUGUAACACCAAUUUUAACGAAAAUCGACGACAUCUCUAAAAAAUUAACCCACGAAUGGUGCCAAACUCUAGCAAAAACUGGUCACGAAUAUUACGAACCGAGAUGCCUAACAUUUCUUUACCCAUUUGUCCUGCUGUUUUUAAGUUUUUAUUAUUUUCUCUGUACACAUAAAGUUACUUUUACUCUCUGCACGUGUCUGGUUUAUUCUGCAGACUCGAAGAAUUCAUGUCAAAGAGUGAGGGAGAAAGUCUCUCCGACAAAGUCGCAUUUUUGUACAUUUUAUACGCUUGCUCUCAUUUUCACUCUCUCGCAAAGUUGCAGCGAGAACGAGAGAGGGUCAACCAUGGCCUGGUUCUCUGAUUUUUUUCAACAGUAGAAAGAGAGUGAGCGAAACGAGAAUAAAACUUUGAGAUUUUGUAGAAGAGAAUGUUUUUUUCCGACGCUCUUUUGACAAAAUUUCUCUAACUUUAACAAGUUUUUUAACUCUCUUCUGAAUUGCCUUUCCGUUAAACAUUUAGCAAUCAACUACGUGUAAAUAUUCUGUUAUAAUUUGUAGCAUUUUAGCAAAAAAAAACUUUUACGCAAAACUAUCGCUAUUACUGAUAUUUACGGGAAAUGGAAAGAACAAAGCAAAAACAAACUCAUUUAACAGAAGACUUUCCACUACAGAGAGAGAGAAAUCAUUAAACAAAUAGUAAAUUAGUAAUAAUUCUAACAGAGUCGCACUAAGCCGUUUCCUUACACCCUAAGUUGAUUAAAAAAUGAAAGGGUAAAUAUCCGCGUUCGUUGGAUAUAAAACAAAAAAUAAAAACAGAGCAGCGCUAAGUAACUUAAUAUUAGAGAACACCCUAGCUAGCACCGUUUUUCCGAAUCAAGGCACUACCAGUAGAGAAGUAAAUGAAAAAAGUGUAACAACACACAACACACAAUAGUAACCGAUCGAAUUUGACUGCUGGUUCAAUCUUAGUAGAAAACAAAUGACAGAAAAUUGCGAGGGAGAAAAAUAACACACAAAAAACAUUUAGCAACGUUACAAGCAGGCAUUCCAGUAUGCUGAUGGGUAAAAUAUAUAAUAGUGAAAACAACUUUAAAAAUAUUCAAAAAAAAACAGUACAGCAAUUACAAUCCUUCUCCAAUUCGUUAGACAGACACACUUGUGUUAGGAAAAGAAACAAAAACACAAAAUCCAAACGGUAAAAAUUGCUACAAAAGUGACAGAAGUAAAAUAAAACAAAUGCAAAGUACACACUCGCUCACACAAUCAAGGGCACUAAAUAGUAGCUGAGGAUACCGGAAGAAGAACAAAAAAAGUGAACCAUUUGAGAAUCGUGAAACUGACGUGCGUGUACGAGCGUGAAGAAAAGAAGUUAACGUUGUUUGGGAAAAGUGCGUGAAACGUGGAUUAAAACUAUCAUGUUUUUAAAAAAAAA